AAACGAACGAUCCAGAUAUAUGCAUAAACAUCGAUAACCUUGAUCACGAUCCACUAUAAAUAGUUAAACACAGAAAAGAUUGGUGAGUUAACUCAGUUUCAUUACCUAGUGACGGCCAUCAUAGAUUCCGAUCGGAAGAGAAAGAAAACGUCGAUUACGGCGGCGGAGGAAGAAAGCCGGAACAAGAAGAAAGAAGCAAAAAUGUCUUCAUCCAGACAUGGUGGCGAUGAGGUUAGGGCUUCACACAUACUGAUCAAAUACGAAGGUUCUAGAAGGAAAGCUUCGUGGAAAGAUCCAGAAGGCUACGUCAUCAAAAACACAACCAGAGAAAGUGCUGUUGCUCAGCUGAAGGCGAUGCAAGCCGACAUUGUUGCCGGUAAGGUGAAGUUUGAGGACAUUGCAUCUCGUUACUCCGAUUGCAGUUCUGCUAAACGCGGCGGAGAUCUCGGUUCCUUUGGUCAUGGCCAGAUGCAGAAGCCAUUUGAAGAUGCAGCUUUCGCUCUUAAUGUUGGUGAAAUGAGUGACAUUGUGGAAACUGAAAGUGGAGUCCACAUAAUCAAGAGAACCAAGUGAUUAUUAUGGAGCAAUCUUUCCAUUUAGAGAAAACAGUAGCAUUUGUAGAUGAUUUCUGGGAAUCUUAUUCAGCUCAAAAUCUGUCAAUAUAUUGAUGAUUUAGACAUGACAGAGCUAUUAAAAACCUAUAUAUAUUUAUGCUUGUAAUUUUGAAAAUUAUUUAUGGGAUUUGUACUCUAUUGUUUUUGGUAGGAUCCUGUCAUGAAUUAAUUCCAUCACUACCAAGUAUAAACCUGGUUUCAUUGUUAA